AUGGCGGCGGCACUCCCCGGCCAGCUGCCGGUUCCCUCCUUGUGCCUGCUUCUCCUCCUGUGCUGCACCGGCGCCGGCGCAGCAGCCAGCAGCUCAUCAUGGGGGGCGUCCCGGGGAGGAGCCGCCAGGGAGUGCGGCUUCGACGGCAAGCUGGAGGCCCUGGAGCCGCGCCACAAGGUGCAGUCCGAGGCUGGCUCCGUCGAGUACUUCAGCCGGUUCACCGAAGCCGACCGAGAGCUCACCUGCGCCGGCGUCUUCGCCGUCCGUGUCGUCGUCGACGCCUUGGGCCUCCUUCUUCCUCGCUACUCCAACCUCCAUUCUCUUGUCUACAUCCUCCAAGGGAGAGGGAUUAUUGGGUUCUCGUUUCCGGGAUGCCAAGAAGAGACCCAGCAGCAGUAUGGAUACGGAUAUGGAUAUGAACAUCAUCAUCAUCAGCGCCCUGACGAGCAUCACAAGAUCCACCGAUUCGAACAGGGAGAUGUGGUGGCCAUGCCGGCCGGUGCGCAGCACUGGCUGUACAACGACGGCGAUGCGCCGCUUGUGGCGAUCUACGUCUUCGACACAAACAACAACAUCAACCAGCUUGAGCCUUCCAUGAGGAAGUUCUUGCUGGCUGGGGGAUUCAGCAAGGGGCAGCCCCACUUCGCCGAGAACAUCUUUAAAGGAAUCGACGCCCGGUUCCUGAGCGAAGCCCUGGGUGUCAGCAUGAAUGUCACUAAGAAGCUUCAGUGCCGACAUGACCAGCGAGGCGAAAUAGUCCGUGUGGAGCUGGAGCAUGGCCUUCACCUGCUGAACCCACCGUCGCCGUCGUUUCCAUCACAUGACCAGCAUCUUCAGUACCAGCAUCGCCAAACAUGUCAACGUUUUGACGGCGAUGGCAGUAACAACAUCUGCACCAUGGAGGUGAGGCACAGCGUCGAACGCCUGGACCAGGCUGACGUCUACAGCCCUGGUGCUGGAAGGAUCACACGCCUGACCAGCCGCAAGUUCCCAAUUCUCGACCUGAUUCAGAUGAGCGCGGUGCGAGUAGACCUAUAUCAGGAUGCCAUUUUGUCGCCGUACUGGAACUUCAACGCCCACAGCGCCAUGUACACCAUCAGAGGUUGUGCCAGGGUUCAGGUCGCCAGCGACAACGGGACGACGGUGUUCGACGGCGUGCUUCGUCCGGGGCAGCUGCUCAUCAUACCCCAAGGCUACCUUGUUGCCACCAAGGCACAAGGAGAAGGGUUCCAGUACAUCUCCUUCGAGACGAACCCUAACUCCAUGGUCAGCCACAUUGCCGGGAAGAAUUCCGUCUUCAGCGAUUUGCCGGUGGCCGUCAUCGCCAGCUCCUAUGGCGUCUCCAUGGAGGAAGCUGCAGAGCUGAAGAACAGUAGAAAACAUGAGCUCGCUGUGUUUACUCCUCCUGGUGGCAGCUAUGAUCAAGUUCAUGUUGGCAGCGGCCAACAGUAG